AUCUGCUUCUCCGCAUGCCAGCAGGGCCUCAAGGCCCACGCGCGCGGGGCAAGGAGCGCGCAACACUCUGGACCCCGCGCUCUGGGCAUGCGCCGUGGCUCCGCCCCAUUCUUUCCCUGAGGCACCGCCCCUGGGCGGGCCAUGGCGCGGAGCGGCGCGGCGAGCAGUUGCCAGGGCAAUGUCGCCGCUGCAGCAGCGUUUAGAAGAGCACAGGAUGUCGAGUAGCCUGCAGGAGAACGCCGCCGAGGCGGUGGAGACCGAUGAUACCCCAACUCCUACUCUCACCCCUAACCCCAACCCAGACUCGGCCUCCGCGAGCGAGAACGUUCCAGAAUCUAUUGCUGGGCUCCAGGAAUAUUAUUGUAAUCUGUGUUUGGAAAACUCCAAGAAAAUAAAUCCUUAUAUAUUGCAUGUAUUCCAAGAAGUGGAUGAAGAUAUUAAAAAGGGAUUGGAAAAAAGAAUCACCUUAAACAUCGCGGGUAACAAUAGAUUAAUCCCAGUAGAAAGAGUAACAGAUGAAGAUUUUGGGAUUCUUUCCCAAAUUUUAGAGACUUGCCCAUAUAUUAAUGGUUUGGAUGUGAGAUAUAACGUUCUAAGUGAUGCUGGUGCAUACUAUGCUGCAAACCUGCUUCAGACACAGAGGUAUCUCAUUUACUUAAAUCUUAUGUUUAAUGAUAUUGGACCUGAAGGUGGAGAAUUGAUUGCUAAAGCACUUCAUAAGAAUACAACUUUGAAAUACCUGCGAAUGACUGGAAAUAAGAUUGAAAAUAAAGGUGGAAUGUUUUUUGCUUCAAUGCUGCAAAUUAAUUCAUCCUUAGAGAAAUUAGAUCUGGGUGACUGUGACCUGGGAAUGCAAAAUGUGAUAGCAUUUGCAACAGUACUAUCUCAAAACCAAGCAAUUAAAGGAAUAAACCUAAACCGACCUAUACUGUACGGGGAACAGGAAGAGUCCACUGUCCAUCUAGGCCAUAUGUUGAAAGAAAACCAAUGGCUUGUUGAACUACACAUAUGUAAGCAUGGUAUAAAAAACUGUGGUAUGCAGAAGUUAUGCGAUGCACUGUAUCUGAACAGAAGCCUGCGUUACCUUGAUAUCAGCUGCAAUAAAAUAACUCGUGAUGGAAUGGAGUAUUUGGCUGAUGUUCUGAAAAGCAAUAUCACCCUGGAAGUUUUAGAUCUUUCUUUUAACAGAAUAGAAAAUGCAGGAGCAAACUGUCUCAGUGAAACUCUUACUUCUCACAACAGAAGUCUUAAAGUAUUAUCAGUAGUCAGCAACAAUAUAGAGGGAGAAGGACUUGUUGCACUUUCACAGUCAGUGAAAACAAAUCCCACAUUAUCUAAUAUCUACAUUUGGGGAAACAAAUUUGAUGAGGCCACAUGUGUGGCAUAUUCAGAUUUAAUUCAAAUGGGCCAUCUAAAACCAAACAAUACAGAUGUGGAGCCAUAUGUGGUGGAUGGACAUGUGUAUCUUGCAGAAGUUUGCAACGGCCUUAAAAAGCAUUAUUACUGGACACCAACUCAUAGAGAUGCCAACAGCCCCUCAUCUAGUGCAGAUUUUGCUGUGUUGUUUCAGUAGGUCCAUAUUUCUGAAAAGCAAGCUCUAAAAUAAUUUUCAUAUAAUUACUUCUGUUGGAUUUAUGUCCUAUUCUCUUUCAUAAAUUAGGUUACUUUUAUGAAAUGUGUAAAAUUUUGUAUAGCUGUCAUUGUGAAAAACUGGGUAAUUUAAAAAAAAUUUUACAAUAUGAAGAUUAAAAUUUUAGGGCCAGGGACAUAGCUCAGUUGGUAGAGUGCUUGCUUCACAUGCAUAAGGCCCUGGAUUCGAUCCCCAGCACCACCAAAAAAAAAAAAAAAAAAAGACUAAAAUUUUAAUCCUGAAGAAACCAUACUAAUUAUUUUUAUAAUGAAAAUACAACCAAGUAGUGAAACAAGAUACAGAUAAAGGUCACUACAGAUACCUUAACUGAAAGUUGUUUACAAAAUGGUAGAAAGGUUUCAGGUGACAAAUUCCCAGUGAAUUUAAAGGGUUUUCAAAGUUUAGAAGUUGAAAAAAUAUUCUAUGUAUGUAUCCUAUUUAGGUAUUACAGAUAGAUUUUAAUAACUAUUUCAUAAAUACAGGCAAAUAAAUAUAUACCCUUUCCAAGGAAGUGAGUGCUGCUAGCUCCUCCAACCCUCCUCUCAUAGACAACUACUAUACUGACUUUUAAUACUACAGAGUCUUUCUGCCGAUUUUUUAUCUUUAUGUAAAUGGAAUCAUAUAAUCUU